CUGCUAUUGUCGUCUCUAUUUUGGUGGUGACUAUUGACAGUUACAAAUCAUAUUUUACUGAUUUCGAUUCUGAUAAUAUUUACAUCAGGAUUUGGAUUGUUCAAGCUGACAUACUUCUAUCAGAGACGAGAAAAGUUUCUUAACUUGAUAUCUUACACAAAUAAAGCCUUUUGGAAUAUCGAUUACGAUAAUUAUGGCUCGGCUGUGAUGAGAGAGUGCAUGCUGAGGUGCUCUGGAAUCGUAAUUUUUGCUAUUUUCAUGUGUCAUUUGACCAUUCUCUUACAUUAUAUCGAACCACUCAUAGAAAAUCGAUGGAGAAACGAGAGUGAGAGAGAGUUGCCCUUUAAAUUCUAUUCGGAUCUACCGAUCACACUGUCACCUUGGUUUGAAAUUCUAUUUGUUAUACAAAUAUUAACUUCGUACCCAAAUUGCUGUUGUUACUUUUGUUUCGACAAUUUUUUAUGUCAAAUGAAUCUCACUGCAGUGGGGCUAUUCAUGAUAUUGCAUAAAGAAAUUCGAGAGAUAUGCGAUGAUGACCCGAAUAGCUUGUGCCAAUCGUCAGAGGAUAAUGUUCGUCUUAAAUUCAUAGAAUGUGUUCGAAGGCAUCAACAACUGAUAGCCUGGGUAGAGGAGCUCAACGAAAUCUAUCGAGGACUAACACUUGGAGUUGUUAUUCUCCUCAGUAUCUUAAUUUGCCUGGAGCUGUUGCAACUAAUGCUGUUCGCGGGGAAGAACACAAUGUUUACGUUCCAUUACUUCAUAUAUGCGGGAGGAAGUGCGAUACAAUUGUAUUUUUAUACAAUGACGUGCGAUAAUUUGACGGGAGUGAGUCUGGCGGUGUCCGAUGCAGCCUAUGAUGUCCGAUGGUUUUCAAUUAAAUCGGAGAGAUCGAAAAAUCAAUUGGUGAAGGACUUGUCGAUGAUUAUUAUUAGGUCUCAAAAGGCUUGCAGUCUAACAGUUGGCAAAUUCUCACCAGUUACUCUGCAGACGUUCACAUCAAUUUCGAAUACCCUCAGUAUUUACAUCAAGACGAACACUGGGAGUACUUUGUCGGUUGAUUUAGAUCCAAAAUGGGAUAUAAAGAAUGUCAAGGAAGUUAUUUCAGGGAGAAUUGGACUUGCACCUGAGGAUAUUAAGAUAAUAUUCGCUGGGAAGGAGCUGCACAAUUCCACAAUUAUUGAGGAAUGCGAUUUGGGACAACAGAGCAUCCUUCAUGCCGUGAAAAAUCCCCCAAGAAGAUUGAAAUCAACUCUGAAUGCUCAGAGGAUCAGCGAAUCUCUCGCUGAGUCGUUGGAAUUAAAUGAAAGUGGGAGUAAGCCUUUAAAUGAAACUUUAACGGACUUACCGUUGAAUGAAGGGGAAACUACUGAAGUUGUAGAAUCUCCAGAACCCCGAGGUAAACGUGCCCACUUCUACGUAUACUGUGCAGCCCCUUGCAAGUCUAUUGAGCCAGGAAAGUUGCGAGUUCGUUGUUCCUCGUGUGGUUCAGGAGCAGUGACAGUGGACAGAGAUCCCCAAUCGUGGCCUGACGUUCUGCUUUCAAAUCGGAUAACCGUCCACUGCGAGAAUGACAGCUGUGACCUAUCACCGGAUUCCCAAAUUCCUUACGCUCAUUUUUUCUUCAAAUGUGGAAACCACCCGAGUAGAGGAGAAAACGAUGAGGCCAUACCCCUGUACCAUAUUCGGCCAAACCUGAGGAGAGUUCCAUGUCUUGCUUGCACCGAUGCCAAAGACGUUGUCCUCGUAUUUCCAUGCGAAGCAGCGCACGUCACAUGUCUCGAUUGUUUCAAAGAUUACUGCAAUGUGAAAUUGGGAGAGCGGGGAUUUGAAUUCGAUGGGAGCAACGGAUACUACACACUCCCUUGUCCUGCAGGUUGUGAAAAUUCUUUUAUAAGAGAAGUCCAUCAUUUUCGAUUGUUAGAUCAGCAUCAGUACGAGCAGUACCAGAGGUUCGGCGCUGAGGAGUACGUCCUGAGGGUUGGGGGUCUCCUGUGCCCCCAGCCUGACUGUGGAAUGGGAAUUAUUCCACCAGAACCCGUAGAUCCUGGUGAUGCAGAGGCGUGCAGGAAGAUUCAGUGCAUUGGGGGAUGUGGAUACGUCUUCUGCAGGAGAUGUUUGAGUGGUUAUCAUUUAGGGGACUGUGGACAUGCUGAGAAAAUUAAUUCCAAUGCUCAGGGACGUGGAGGAUACUCGGUGGAUCCUGAUAGGGCAAAGGACGCCAAGUGGGAUGAAGCCAGUAAAAAGGUUAUUCAAAAAUCCACUAAACCUUGUCCCAAGUGCAGAACACCCACUGAGAGAGAUGGUGGGUGCAUGCACAUGAAGGGAUUUCUAGUUCUAUUCUUGACUCUUCGAACUGCAAUGGCACCACGUCCUGGUGAUUCUUGGGCGGUUAUUCUCACGGCAUUCUUCUUGAAGUCUUGUGGGUUCUGGCCAGCAGAUUCAGAAUAUGGAAAAAAAAUUAUGGAUUUCCUCAUGUUUUAUACGAUCAGUGGAGUUUUGUGUUCAAUCGGUGUUGUUGCUGUUGACGUUUACAAAUCAUAUUCGGACGAUUUCGAUAGAUUUCUCUAUUGCAGUUUGAUUAUAUUUACAGCGGGAUUUGGAUUUUUCAAACUCAUAUAUUUUUACGUGAAACGUAAACAGUUAUUGACUGUAAUUUCUCACGCGAAGGAUUACUUCUGGAACGUCGAUUACGACGAUUACGGCUCGGCUGUAAUGAAAAAAUGCAUGUUACGGGGCACAGGAAUUGUGUCAUUCGCAGUUUUCAUGUGUUAUUUAACGAUGCUAUUGCAUUACAUCGAGCCGCUGAUAGAAAAUCGAGGGAGAAAUGAAAGUGACAGAGAGUUGCCCUUUAGAUUUUAUUCAGAUUUACCUAUAUCUCUGUCCCCUUGGUUUGAGAUUCUAUUUGCCACUCAAAUUAUUGUCUCAUACCCCAAUUGCGCUGCGUACUUUUGUUUCGACAAUUUGUUAUGUCAAAUGAACAUAACUGCAGUGGGAUUGUUCAUCAUACUGCACAAAGAAAUGCGAGAGAUAUGCGAUGAUGACCAGAAUGUGUCAUCAGUAUCCAAUGAACCUAACGCUCGUAUCAGGUUGAUAAGAUGCGUUCAGAAGCAUCAGCAACUGAUAUCCUGCAUCGAGAACAUCAAUGAUCUCUAUCGAAGUGAAACCCUUGGGGUUGUGAUUCUUCUCAGUCUUGUGAUUUGUCUGGAAAUGUUUCAAAUUAUGGUGUCCACAGACAAUAAUCCGAUGUACACGUUUCAUUACUGCGUAUAUGCCGGAGGAAGUAUGACGCAAUUAUAUUUUUAUACGAUGACGUGUGACAAUUUGACAGAGGCCAGUGUGGCUUUAUCUGAUGCGGCAUAUGAUGCCCGAUGGUUUCUGAUGGAAUCGGGAAGAUCGAAAAAUUUUUUGGUGAAGGACUUGUCCAUGGUUAUCAUGAGGUCUCAGAAGGCAUGCAGUCUGACAGUCGGUGGAUUUUCACCGGUUACUCUGCAAACAUUCACAUCGAUUUGUAACACCGCAUUCUCAUUUUUAACUCUGAUGAGGCAGAGUCUUCAGAAGAACGUCUAACGAUUGAAUCUGUAGAACGAGAACGCGAU